UAAAGAGAAGAAAUAGUUCAUUCUAUACAAAGACGCUAAUAUGGCCGGACUUAUCAUCUUUGUUUCUGUUUUCAUAGCUGCUAGUAUAGUACAUUUUCGGUGGCAACUGAAGAAAUGUGCUCAAAAUUUUCUUAUGAAAAAGAAUUUAUCACAAACAUGCUUAAAAUGGAACUCAAAGUUGAAAAAAUGGAACAAGAAGUCAAGAAAAGAAACAAAGAUAUUGUUACAAUACUUGACGCUCAGAGGAAUGAAAUGGAAAAGUUUGCCAAUGACUACCAAAAUCUGCGAGAUAUUCUUGUAGUUGUGAUGGAAAACAAAACAGCAGCAGUUAACAGUUUUCUUGAGGAUAAAGCGGUUAACGUGUUAGUCGACAAGAUAGCAGAGGUUGAUGAUGCAUUGAAAAUAAUGACCGGAAAGGUUGAUGGUGUAUUAAAGGAAGCUGCUGAAACAGGACUGACAAAGCCAAUCGUUGCAUUUUCAGCGCAUGUAGGGCCGAUGAAGUUGCAUAUACCUCAAAACCAAAUCAUUGUCUUCAGUUCCAUAAUAACCAAAGUAGGGAACGGAUAUAACAGUGCAUCUGGUAAAUUUGUUGCCCCUGUCGCCGGAUAUUAUCUAUUGUCUUGUAGUCUCCGAUCUUGGAAUGGCGAAGAGUUAUGGGCUAGUAUUUAUGUAAACAACUCAUUGAAAGCACGUCUGAGUGAAAAGGGUGUACCUUCAAGCCAUGGAAUGACGAGUCAAACUAUCAUUGUGGAGUUGAAAGCAAAUGAUGUUGUUUCUGUUAAGGCACAAUUCCAUGCAAUGAAUCUCUACGGGCACGAAUACUCUACUUUAAGUGGAGUAUUAAUUCGUUAAAAUCGUAUAUUUUUGCUUAUUAUAUUCAGAUGAACAAUUAAUAUCUAUUUAACUAAUCUUACCGAAAUAACUUGUUCAGUGUAUCUUGAUUUAGUAAUUUACGCAUGAAGAUACAAUAUAUUUCAUUUUGAAUUUUAAAUCAAAGUUGUGAAAAUAAUAUAUUUCUGACAUUAAAGCAACUAAUACAAGUUUUCAUUUGUUUAAUGAUUUGACAAUAAAAUAACAAUAAAU